GUCUAUAUUUGAAUUUCGAAGAGAAGUGUGGUCCAGUGCAGCAAAAAAUCAGAGAAUUCUACAAAAAAAAAAUGAAAAUUCUCCUUGCCCAUCUAUUUUUGGUGGUGCUGUCCUUUGGCCUGGCCAGCUGCUCCACAAAGGAUGAAGAUGCCACUGCUGUUAAUCAAAACCACUAUCACCAUUUAAUGGAUAAUUUACAUCAAAACUAUAGCCCUUGUUCGGAAUUCUAUGAAUACGUCUGCUCCAAAUGGCCUGAGAAUCAUAAGGAGAAUAAGGAUGAUUAUAACUCCGUGGGUAAAAUGAUGUACCAUGAAGCGAAUGUGGAAAUAAUAGAAUAUUUGGAAAACAGCGAUGUUUCAGGCAUGCCAGAUCAUGUCAAAUUGGUAAAGGACUUCUACAUGUCCUGUGCCCAGGGCAAGGAUUAUAAUCCUUUGGAAUUUAUGCACUGGCUGGAGAGGGAGGAAAAUAUGAAAUGGGCCCUGCUCACACCACUCGAGGAUAAGGAUGUUGUCUUCGAUUGGCCCUCUACCAUGGCCAUAUUUCGUAAAUAUGGUUUCAAUGAUUUCCUGGUGGAACUAUGGAGCAAAGCCAAGGAGAGUUUUGAAUAUAUCACCGAAUCACAAAUGGAAAGUUUCAAGGAGCGUAUAGCUCUACCUUCCGGUGCCAUGGAUUUUAUGGAUCUAUGGAAGACCAUUGAAGAGUUUGAACAGAAAUUUGGUGAAAUUCAAGUGGCUGAGCCGGAAGAAAAGAAAUAUAAAUUCAAGGACUUGCCAUAUACAUGGUUAAGGAAAUAUUUGUCCCUCCUGGUGAAGCCCCAACAUGUGGACGAGGAUAAGCUCUUAGCUAUUAAUAAUGUGGUCUGCAUGGAAGAUCUGGAUAGGCUAGUAAAGGAAUACGAUGACGCCUUCCUUUGCCGUUAUUUGGAGUUACAUUUCCUCAUGUAUUUGCAACAGGCCCAAGAUCUGGGCAAGGCCAAUAUAUGUAUGGCCAUGACGGCGAAUAUUUUGGACAUGCAGGUUGAAUGGAUCUAUGAACAGCUGCAUCCCGAAUUGAAGAAGGAAAUUCCCAAAAUCCAACAAAUGUUUAACAAUAUUAUCAAAAAUGUCAAUGCCAGUCUGCAGGGUGCCAAGGGCGAUGUUGUGCCCCAGGAAUUCUUCGGCAAACUGGAAACCAUGAAACUCUAUGUGGGUAAUUUCCCUCUGCCAAAUAUGACGGAAUUUUUAAACACACUCUAUAAAGACGCCAAAUUAGAUGCCAACGAUUUUUAUGGCAAUUAUAUGCAGCUACUAAAACUAACCGCUGCCAUGCAAAUGAACAAUGCCAAGGGUCACCUGGAGAAAUUCUAUCAAACUCCAACUUAUCGCAUUUUUACCUGGACCUUUAGAAUGCAAUAUUUUGAUAAUAUAAAUCUGCUGAUCCUGCCAUUGGGCCUAUUGCGUCCGCCACUAUAUCAUCUGGCCUAUGAGGACAUUUUCAAAGCCAGCGGUUUGGGUAGCAUUAUGGCGGAAGGAAUUUUCAAACCUCUCUAUGACCUAGAUGAUCCCGCCAAUCCCGCCGAUAUCGACAAUUUAGUCGAUUUCAUUAGUUUAUAUUCGCCAUUUGAAAUCUACUUCUCAUCGCUGCAGCCGGAUGAGAUCAAGAGAUAUGAGGGCAUGUUCAACACGACAUCGCUGCAGCAGUUGAAGCAAUUGUUCUACAUCAAUGGCAUUCAUUAUCAGUGCGAAGAGGAUUACGCCGAUGAAGAUCGGGUCAGUUUUAAUAUUAUCAAUUUGCCGGCGUUCAAUGAUGCAUUCGAUUGUAAAUUGAAUAAAUUUUUGAAAAAGAUGACGUAAUACCGAUGAGAAAAUAAAAUUGAAAUGAUGAAAAAGUAAAAAA